AUGAAUAAUUGGCACCAUCAAUUCAAUAACACUGCUGAUCUAACUACUCAUCUCCAAAAAUCAUACUUCCGCUACGAUAACAAGGAAAAAGGAAUAACAAGGUUGUCGUUCGACGACAGGGCUAACUUACUUUGGGUUGGGGAUACAUACGGUUGUGUGUCUUCAUAUAGUACUGGGUUUCGGCUUUAUACCCGUUAUAAGGGCCAUAUUGGAGGUACAAAUGUAGCCGAUGUUUUGACAUUACGAGACGGUAUCUUAUCAUUAAGUGAUGACUCAUUACAUUUAGCCAGCAGGAGAGGUGUUACAAUGCUGAAUUUAACCAGCAUGGAUGUCGCAAGUUUUGGAGGAUUGCAAUCUAUGUGCACUAAAACACCAGACAACCAAACCCAGAUAUAUUGUGGCGGGUCCAAUUUAGGAACUGGUUUAACAUGCAUAGAUCUUCAGAAAGGACAAGUCUCUGGAGUUAUUGAUUACAAAAGUAAAGUACAUUUUUUACAAUCUAGCAACAAGUUAAUAACAAUUGGUAAGCAGUCAGGAGGAGUUGACUUACUGGAUCCUAAUUCCAAUCUGGUGAUAGAGUCAUUUUCGGCUCAUUCAGAGACGGUAUCGUCUAUGGAUGUCAGAGAUUAUACACUAGUAACAUGUGGUACGUCUCGAAGAUUUAAUAGCUCCUUUGCCGAUCCCUUCAUUACGGUUUAUGAUUUAAGGACGAUGACACAACUGCCACCUAUAUCGUUCUCAAAAGGUACAACCAUGGGUGCUGGUGGUGCAGACUUUGUGAAGCUCCAUCCAGUACUUCCAACUGUAAUGAUUGCUGCGUCCAAAAAUGGACCAUUUGAUUUCAUCGAUUUAUCGAACCCUAUUUUAAGAACACAAUACGUCCAUCCAGGACAAGAAAUAAAAGAUUUGAUAAUAUCCCCGAAUGGAGACAAUAUCACUGUCUUAGAAAUUGACAAUACUGUAAGUACUUGGAGCAGAUCGCAAAACGUAGGUCAAUUUACAAAUACACCCGGCAUUCUUGAAUAUCCAGAUUUUGUUGAUGAUGGUGCUCAUUUAAAAUUAACCGAUGUGGACGAUAAAGAAUUUCCGUUAAGUUCUGUGGGGUUGCCUUAUUACAAUGAAAAGCUCUUAUCAGCGUGGCCUUACACAGUUUUUGGCAGCGAAGGAACUGUUCCAAGACCCAUCGACGCACAUUUAUCCAUAUCAUCCACUCAAAAUGCAAAAGCGUCUAAAAAUGGUAUUUUAAAUAGGAACUUAUUAACGAAAGAGUUUCCAUUUUAUCUAUAUGAUAAAACAAGAUUUGGUGGUAGAAAUGUUGUCCAACAAUAUGUUUCCUUAAGGGAUCAAAGAAAAAAGAUAACUUCGACGAACAAAGAGAAUAUAUUCACUUAUAAAAUCAGUGACGAUUGUGCAAUUCCUCCCGCGUACAGACAACUGCCGUUUACAUACGGUCGUUAUGGGAGUGAGCAAUUUGAUUUUGACGCUUUUAAUAAAACACCGUAUCCCGGUUUGAGUGCCGAUGUGGAUAAUGUCUAUACGAAUGCUGUUCUGCAACUGUAUAGAUUUGUACCUGAAAUAUUUAAUUUCGUUGUUGGAUGUUUGAAAGAUGAAAAUUUUGGCAAGGCAAAUCUUUUGUCAGAGCUAGGAUAUCUUUACGACAUGAUGGACAGAUCAAAAGAAAGGGUUUGUAGAUCAUCUAAUUUCCAGACUUCAUUAAAUUUAAGCCCGGAGGCUGACGAGCUAGGACUAUUAGACCAAUCUACACACAAUGUUGAAUUAAUGCAGAAAGCAACACUUUCUUCAGAGAAAUUACAGAAAAGCAUAGCGCAAAAAUUCAAUGAAUUUAUUUUAAGAAAACUAUUGAAAGAAGAAUUUGAAAGUACCGGGCAUCAUAUAACACUUGAGCAAUGUUUUGGGUUUGAACUUGUUUCAGAAAUGAGAUUCAAGUGUAAACACCAUAAAACACAGAGGGAUAUUGUUCCUAGCUUGGCUAUCUUGCUUCCAGCGAGAAAUGGGAUCAAACACCCAAACAAAAAGCAAAACUGUCAGACAAUAUUGCCAUAUAUUGAAUCUUCAAUGAAAAGACUGAAAUAUUUUGAUAACAUCUGUAAUGUAUGCCACAAGGAAGGUGUUACUGAGUACGAAAGGACGAUUUCAAAUUUACCGCCGCUACUUUCUUUGGAAUUAUUGUUAUCGGACUCUGAGUGGAAGGAUGCUAAACCUUUCAAGAACUGGUUGUCCAAGGAGUUCUAUGCCACAAUUUACAAUAAUAAAGCAGUUUUAAGAAAUAAUCCAAAUGAAAUAAAAACGGAUAGCCAGAUUUUCAAAUACGAAUUAAAUGGAUAUGUUGCCCGAAUUACUGAUGUUGACGGGAAAUCCAGGCUUGUAACCUUCGUGAGAAUAUAUGAUGAGGUUGCAGAUCGCUUCAAAUGGUAUAUGUUCAAUGAUUAUCUGGUAGUUGAAGUUGAUGAAGAAGAGGCUUUGAAUGUUUCUUAUUGGUGGAAAAAGCCAGAAAUAGUAAUUUAUUGCGACGCUGAAGAACUACGAAAACCUUUUUUCUCUGUGGAUACAUAUUCUAUUAACUAUAACAUUCUUUACAGAGAUCAUUUCAGUAACGGUAUUAGAGCAAGAAGAGCAAGUGAGUUUAAAUUACUAACUUUAGAAGAGGCCCCAACUCCCGGGAGUCUAGUUGCAAUUGAUGCUGAAUUUGUCUUAUUGAAUGAUGAGCUCAAUGAAAUAGAUUGUCAAGGAAUAAAGACCAUUGUCCGAUCGAAGAAAACGGCAUUAGCACGAUUAUCGAUGGUGAGAGGCUCUGAUGGGGAUUCCUUUGGAAUCCCCUUCGUGGAUGACUACAUUGUCAAUACAACUGCGAUCGAAAACUAUUUGACAAAAUACAGUGGUAUCUUACCAGGUGACUUAGACCCUGAGAGAAGUACAAAACCAUUAGUUACCAGAGACGUCGCAUAUCGUAAAGUUUGGCUAUUAAUGCAGCUGAAGUGUGUUUUUGUGGGGCAUGGUCUGAAGAACGAUUUUAGGAAUAUUAAUAUAUGUGUACCAAAGGAACAAGUCAGAGAUACUGCAAUUUACUUUUUACAAGGUAAGAGAUUUCUUUCAUUGAGAUAUUUGGCCUUUGUGUUGCUCGGCCAAAGUAUACAGGAAGAUAAUCAUGACUCUAUUGAGGAUGCUUAUACAGCCUUAGUUCUGUACAAGAAAUACCUCGAUUUAAAAGAGGGAGGAAAUUUACAGCAAGUCAUAGAUAGCCUAUAUGAGGAAGGUCGCGCAUUAAACUAUAAAGUGCCCGAAAACUCUAAUACCGGGACUCCACAACCAUCGGCUAUGGAGUAG